CUCAUGACUGCAGUGUGAGGUGGCAUGUUCCAUGUGUCCCUGCCCUCCUGACAACAUAGUUAAAGCUCCCAUCGUGGCACGCCACACAGUAUGGUGCUGCACACUGGGAUUCAGCUACUGUAGGCAAAUACAGCAAAGGGAGAACAGAGAGGCCUCUGUGUGUGUGUGUGUGUGUGUGUGUGUGUGUGUGUGGGGGGUCAGACUGGAACAGCAUCAUGGACACAGAAUAUUCUAAGAGAGUGUACCAAGGCGUUAGAGUCAAGCACACAGUCAAAGACCUUCUGGCCGAGAAGCGAUCCCGACAGACAAAUGGGCCCAGAUACAACGGAGGAUCGACCUCUCCGCCUUCAUUUGUCCAGAUGCCAGGGUCUCACAUGCUGCCCGGCUACUACAGCAUGAGGCGUCCCUUCAUCUCAGAGUCAGACUUCUGCCAGUCCACCAAGCAGUUCUCCCCUGACGUGUAUUCGCCCACACUGGGUGGCAAACCUCUGGGCUGCGAUCCCUCCACCAUGACCAGCUACCCCUCCUUCAUUGACAGCUACUACCCAGAGACCUUCGGAGAUUACCGCAGCGCUGCUACCUUCUCCAGCUCUGGAGGAUCCUUCCUGCCUUCAUCGGCCCUCUCAUCCCUGCUGCCUCCAUUUGGUGGAGAGUCCUCGCAUUUAUUUCUGAGAGACUCAUGGGAGCAGUCAGUUCCAGAGCCAGUAUCCCAGGUGGAGGCUCUGUGUCCGGACAGCCUCGCUUCCGUCAGCGUCCCGCCCUCCAUGCCCAGCCCAGAACCCCCGGGGAGCCCCUCCCAGUACCGCUCCCCCAGCCGAGGCUCCUCCAUGGGCCCCGGCUCCAGCAGCCAGCCCUACAUCCUGCACUCCAUGGAGGAAGCCCACUACCACCCCUUAACCACCAGCAGCUCUUACCAGGUCCCCUCCACCUCCUUCCCUUGCCCUUCCUACAUGAGCACUCCUAUCAGCGACCUGGUGUCCAAGAUGGUGACAGAGGAGGAGGCCGACAGCCACACCAGCCUCCCCCCCAACAGUGAGGCUCACUCCUCCUGGGCCAAGGAAGAUGGAGUGAGCUCCUGGUCGCCCUACGAGAUCAGGAGGGCCUACUGACUAGAGGACGGGCCUGAGGGUCAAUAUUUAUAAGAAGAUGGAGGUUUCACAGACAAUUAAACUCAACAAGCACUUGACACGCCUCCCACAGACCUUAGUUAGCUGGAACACUUUAACGCCACGUGCUGUGCUUGAGAUUAUGAAAAACUAGUUUGCAUAUGACCUGAGAAGCUAAGAUACAUGGCUGCAAAUAAUGGAUAAAUGGUUGAAAUUUCCAGUUUCUUGUCAUCUACGUGGAAGUAGUGAAGACAAACUUGACCAAAUCUACUGAAGAAAAGUAGCCCAGCCCAAACAUAGACAGCUCCAGGAUCACUAUGUCUUGUGUGUGAAAACAUUUUUGCAACAGCAUCCACAGUGUAACAGAAUACAUGAUGUAAGUUAAAAUCCUGUUUAAUAUCAGUUCAGAUAGGAUGAAAUUAAACCUUUCUGAUCUUGGGAAGCCAAAGCUGGUAACACUUUACCUAAACCCCACUAUAGCAUUUAAAAUAUCCAUAUAAACAAUUAAUAGUUUAUAACACACUGUUAAUCACUAUACUGUAGUUGUAAAUAGAUUUAAGGGCUUUUGUCAGUGUUUCAUAAUGUUUUUGUUGACAACUUAGACUUAGCUAACAAAAAAGACAGUAAAGCUGCCAUUCAAGAUCUAUAAAGUUCAAAAAGACAAAAGAACAAUCAGUAAGACCAAAAGGCUCCUUUAAUAAUUCCUCUCAUCCAAUUUGACAAACAUUCUUUCACAAAUUUUAUAAGCUUUGCUCUUCUGAAAAAAUGUUUGAUGAAGUGAGUCUGCACUGUUCAAUGUAGUCAAAGAUACUUUUCACUUAAGUUUUUUUAUGACUCCAUAGUGUGUUGGAAAUCAUUUAAGAUGUUAAUGCAUCAUUUACUCAUGCGUUUUGGGGAUUAAUACAUAUUAAUAUUAAAUUAAAUGUGUGUUAAGCAUUACGUGGAAUUAAAAAUUAUUUAAAAUGUUGUGGUAAACUGUUGGUUUAUAGGGUUUUUUUUUAAAAUAAAUUUCUUUACAAAAUGUAGACACUGGGUGGUGACAAUUUACUAUUACAACCAAUUACUUGUGUAUACAUUCAACAGUAAGUUAAACUGUAUAAAAACACAUUUAAAUCUAGUGAUGACAUACAAUUGUUUAUGAUAAUAUAUGUUAUAAGUUGUAUAUAUUAUACACUAGUUAUGAAUGCUUCAUGGGAGGAGUUAUAGAUGUCAACAAAGACAUUAUUGAACUAUUACAAAAAUCCUUAUAUCUGCUUAAACCUGCACUAUAUACGCCAUUUAAUAAUUGCUUACUAUAUAGCCUACUGUUUGUAAAUGCUACAUUUAGGGGUUAAAAUAAAGUAUUAUCCAAAAGGAUUUUAGACACAAUGGGGUUUUUUGUACAUCAAGCUUUUUUAGUCAAGCAACUGACAAUAACAUUAGUUUGGAUUCAUUGUCUGGAAAGUAACACUUUAUUAUGUUCAGCACAUGAGGAACUGUGAUUUUCAAUAAGCUCCAUGUUUUCAAAAAAAUGUUUGUAUACCAUCUAAUAAAUGACACGCCUUUGUUUAAAUUGA